GAGAGAGGAGGUGGAGAAACACUCUUCCUUGAAAACAGACAGAGUGUGUGAGAAGAGGAAGGGAGGGAUGAGGAUCUUUACAGUCAGGCACAUGCUCACACAGAUAUAGUACAUACAGACCUAUACAAACCCAUGCAUUCUAAUGGGCAUGCAGACCUGUUAAGAGACCUGAGACGCAGCAACUUACAAUACCUUGUCUUGUAUUUAGGGGCAGUAGAAUAGAGUGUAAAGUGACAGUAGUAGUUAGACCUCUGACACUCCUCUGGUCAAUAUACACACAGAAACAAAUAUACCCAUACUCUGUUUUUGGAGUCAGAGUUUUGGAGUUAUGAGUGACUUCAGGAUGACUAAGAGUGGCCAUGUGUUCCUCAGUCCUUUGGUUAUUACAUGGGGCCAGAGGAGACGACACACUGAUACAUCAGACCUAUUUGCAAUGAUCGAGAGGAUGCAGGGCAGCAGAAUGGACGAGCAGAGAUGCACCUUCCCUCCACCCCUCAAAACAGAGGAGGACUAUAUCCCUUACCCCAGCGUUCACGAGGUCCUGGGUCGUAGGAGCCCCUUCCCCCUAAUCCUGUUGCCUCAGUUCGGAGGCUACUGGAUCGAGGGGACCAAUCACAAACCCAGUGCCACACCUGAGCCUGAGCAGAAGCCCUGUGCGUCCUCCCACAUCAAGCUGGAGACCAACAGCAUGGCCAAGAUCUACAGGAAACAGUUCAUGGGCAAGGAACACUUUAAUUACUACUCCAUGGACAUCGGCCUGGGCCACCUGGUCUUCUCCAUGAAGUAUGAUGUCAUCGGGGACCAGGAGCAUCUCUGCUUGCUGCUAAGGACCAAAUUAAAAACUCACCAUGAUGUGAUUCCUAUCUCCUGCCUGACUGAGUUCCCCAACGUGGUCCAGAUGGCCAAGCUGGUAUUUGAAGAGGUAAAUGUGGACAGAUUUUACCCAGUCCUCUACCCAAAGGCUUCAAGGCUCAUUGUCACCUUUGAUGAGCAUGUCAUCAGCAACAAUUUCAAGUUUGGAGUCAUUUAUCAGAAGUUUGGCCAGACCACCGAAGAGGAGCUAUUUGGGAAUAGCGACGAGAGUCCUGCUUUUGUGGAGUUCUUGGAGUUUCUGGGGGACAAGAUUGAGCUCCAUGACUUUAAAGGGUUCAGAGGAGGACUGGACGUCACCCACGGCCAGACAGGAACAGAGUCUGUCUACACUAACUUUCACAACAAGGAGAUCAUGUUCCACGUGUCCACCAAGCUGCCAUAUACAGAGGGAGACUCUCAGCAGUUGCAGAGGAAGAGGCACAUAGGCAACGACAUCGUGGCCAUCUUGUUUCAGGAGGAAAACACACCCUUUGUGCCAGACAUGAUAGCCUCCAACUUCCUGCAUGCCUAUGUGGUGGUGCAGGUGGAGAAUGCCUGCUCAGACAACGUCACAUACAAGGUGUCUGUGACAGCGAGAGAUGAUGUGCCUUUCUUUGGACCCGCUCUACCGGACCCGGCCAUCUUUAAAAAGGGGCAUGAGUUCCAUGAGUUCCUGUUCACUAAGCUGAUCAAUGCGGAAUAUGCCUGUUACAAGGCUGAGAAGUUUGCAAAACUGGAGGAGCGCACGCGGUCGGCCCUGUUGGAGACCCUGUAUGAGGAGCUACACAUCAACAGCCAGUCCAUGAUGGGCCUGGGAGGGGACGAGGACAAACUGGAGAAUGGGGCUGGGGGGGGAGGGGGCUUCUUUGAGUCCUUUAAGCGGGUGAUCCGCAGCAGAAGCCAGUCUAUGGAUGCCAUGGGCCUCAGUAACAAGAAGCCACACACUGUCUCCACUAGUCUCAGUAGCAGCUUUACCGAGACCCCCAAAACCCCAGGGAUAUCAUUACUUGUCCCAGGGAAAAGUCCCAGUAGAUAUCAUGGACGUCGCGGCAGUGCCAUAGGGAUAGGAACAAUAGAAGAGUCUCUGAUCAUUCCUGGGAAGAGCCCCACCAGGAAGAAGUCUGGGCCCUUCAGUGCCAGACGGAGCAGCGCCAUCGGGAUCGAGAACAUCCAGGAAGUGCAGGAGAGGAGUCGGGAAGUGUCCCCCAGCACACAGAGGACUCCAGACAGUGGACACAUCUCCCAGGACCCCAAAUCAGAGAACUCAUCUAAUCAGAGCUCACCAGAGAUGCCCACAACAAAGAACAGUUUGGCCAUGUGUUGCAGGGCCCCUUCUAUCCCUGAGGCCCAGGAUCUGUCCCGCUCCUCGUCCAACGCCAGCAGCUUCGCCAGCGUGGUGGAGGAACACGAUAACGAGGGCAUCGAAGAGUACGACACAGGACUGGAGAGCCUGUCCUUUUCUGGAACACCACACAAGAGAGACUCAUUUGCGUACGUCUCCUGGGUAGAGGAUAGUGUGAGCAGUACUAGUGCCACCAGCCAGGGCAGCUCUCCAGCACCUGCACGGUCCCGGCAGCCUGAGGGGGGCAAAGGGGAAGAGCUCAAAAAGGCGGAGAGCCGAGACAAGACAGAGCGGUCACAGGAUAAGUCAUCAUCGCAUUCCCAUAAGAGGCACCCCCUGCAGGAGAUGAAGCAAGCGCACGUGUGUUCCACCACAGAUGCAGAGGAGGAGCAGAGCUAGUCGCUGGGACAGACAGCUAGACCUGGUGUAAACUAGUCCAGUCUGAACAGCCAG